AUGCCUCCUCAUGAAAGCUCCCCCCUGCUGGGUGCCAACGGAGCACCCAGUGUGGAGCGGAUGCGUUUUAUUCACUCGACCAAGUAUCUCCUUCUCGGAUCGUGGAUGAACGCCCUCCUCAUCGCCGUGCCCCUCAGUCUCUACUCGGAGCACGCUGACUGGCCCGCAUCCUACCGUUUCAUUACCUCGUUCCUUGCGAUCAUUCCCUUGGCCAAGCUCCUCGGCGAUGCCACUGAACAGCUCUCGAUGAAGAUGGGCCAGACUCUCGGUGGUCUCCUCAACGCAUCCUUCGGAAACGCCGUGGAGCUCAUCGUUGCCAUCGUCGCCCUGACCCAGAACCAGUUACGCCUGGUGCAGACCUCUCUUCUGGGCAGCGUUCUCUCCAAUCUUCUUCUGGUCCUCGGAAUGAGCUUCUUUGCCUCGGGAUUCUACUUCCACGAGUCGACCUUCCAGGUCACAGCGGCACAGACCAAUCACCUUUCGAACAAGACCGGCGGUUGGUUCGAGGGAGCUGGUAAAUCGACUCCAUCUGACGACCCCUCUCUUCCCGGCCUGCUCACGCUUUCCCGCGGAACCGCCGUUCUGCUCCUCCUUACUUACCUCGCUUACCUUGUCUUCCAGCUCCGCACUCACGCCAAUCUCUUUGAGGCCGAGGAGGACGAGGAGGAGACCCCGACCAUGGACAAGUGGAGCUCGGCCAUCUGGUUGUGCAUCGUUACUGUUGUCACCGCUUUCUCCGCCGAUGUUUUGGUUCAUCGGUCUCAUCCUUCUCCCUCUUGUGAGCAGCUUGUGCGGUGCGUCAUUGACGUCCAGGUUGGCAACGCGGCCGAGCACGUCACCUCCGUGUGGAUGGCCUGCAAGGGUAAGAUGGAGCUCACUAUCGGCGUUGCGGUCGGAUCGAGUAUCCAGAUCGCAGCCGGUAUGAUCCCUCUUCUGGUCAUCAUUGCCUGGCCCAUGAACAAGGACCUUACGCUUGACUUCACCACGUUCGAGACCAUUGUCCUGUUUGUGUCGGUCAUGCUCGUCAACCUACUGCUCCAGGACGGUGCGUACUUCCGUUUCAGAUUAUUCAACCUUGCUGACCGUGUCUUUCCUCCCCUUUCGUCCUCAUCUUACACGUCCAGGCCGCACGAAUUACCUCGAAGGUGUUUUCCGUGA